CGCGGGUCGUUCCAAAGAGUGCCGGGAUCCCCCAAGAUAUAGUAUUGUAGACUCAAUUUUUCAGGGAAAAAAAAUAAUAAUCAAGAACGUGCCAAAAAAAAUCUGCCAUGCGUCUGACAUCAGAAGCAUGCAGGAAAAAAUUGAUGUUUUAUUGACGGAAGGAAAUUGAUGUUUUAUUGAAGGAAGGUUUUAUAUUGAGGGAAAGGAACUCAAGUUUCAUUGAAAAGGAGCGUAAGAAAAUAAUAAAAGGAAAAACUUUGUGUAAAAGUUGUAUACAACUUUUUAUUGAUCAGACUUUUCAAGUUUGGAUCAGUGAAUAAAACGGAAUCGAUGUGAACUGAUUUAGCGUCAAAGAUGAUUAAGAAAAGAACAAUAAAAAGGAAUAUAAUAUGAUUCCUCGAAAAUACGUGUGAUGCUUGAGGAAGAAUUUACUGAGACAAAACCAUUGAAAGAGUUGAGUCGACUCUGCCUUGGUGCGAACAAUAGUCAAAAUAACGUGGUAACAACCAGCGUUUGCACUGAGACGCGUGUUGGCUUACCUCUUCUUCAAGUAUGGCCAAGCGACUCGCCAAGAGGAGAAGGAGAUGGUCAAUCUCAGGCUUUCAUAUUUCCAGAUGUUCAGGAAAAUGUCAACGACAGUGGCAUCGAAUCCAUUCAGGCCUCGCCAUCGCCGUGUGGUGUGACGUGUGUGAGUCCAGCAACCACCCCGCAGCAAUCACGAAGACCGAGUCUCCUUCAUCCGGAUCAUGCACGACUGCAUUCGCAUCAUUCGCAUCACAAUCAUCAUAACAGUGGAUUGAAGAAUUCGCCAUCGCCCGAUAGACAUUUCAUCGAUGAAGACGUACAGCCAGUGCCGCCAAGUCCAUCCAGUUCAACUACAAGUAGUCUUCGCUCGAUGCCAAGUUCAGCAAUGUGCUCCGCUUCUAUGCAUUCUGCCGAUAGGAGACGUAGCAGUAGGUACAGUAUGUUCGAUGCAUUGGACCUGGAAUACGCACUAUUACGCGCAGCGGCGCGUGGUUCAGUUGGACCAUAUUCUUUGUCCGAGUCCUUGCACAAGUUGACCUUCACCCAGAGUCUGGCGUUCCCAGCUUUAGCUCGCGGUCUAGCCUCGAAGCAGAGCGUCCCAUCCAGGAGACCUCAGCAGCACGUUGAAAGUGGAAUGAACGCAUUUGCUAAAGUGGUCACUGCAUUAGUAUUAAUGCUCGUCAGUGUUCUUGUGUUUGGUGUCGUUUACAAAUUCGUGAGGACGUGAGGUUUACUGCUGGUGCCCGAGAGAAUUCAAAAUCCCACAUCGGACCUACAAAAGUCCGAUGUCCUCACAUCGGGCACCAGCGAUUGAAUCGACAAAAAUUAGAAUUAAGAAAAAAAACUCUAAAAUUCAUUUUUCAUUAAUACGAUAUUGUGUAUUUUCAAAGGGUUGUUUUCCUGAAACAAUUUAUUCUUUUUAUUAUUAUUAUUAUUACUAGCUUUUUUGCCCUCCCUCAGCGGGCUCGAAAUCUAUUAUGUUAUUAUUAUUAUAAAUA